AUGGAAUGGUUUCACUUCCGCUGUCCUUCGCUUGCCCUUCUGAAUAUGUUGGAGCCAGCUACCUCCACCAGUGGCCUCCAGAUCAUCAGCGGUGCCCAUAGCAGUUCUGCUCCGCUUCUGGCCCUCGGUGCCAUGGCCUCCCUCGGCUCAGCGGCCUCGCUGGCCGCAGCAGCGUGCACCUUGCCGGUGGCAGAGGGACAGCCCAGCUGCAGCGAUGGCUGCCAACCCUUCGCGCAUGUGGAACUGGUGGGGGCACAUCCCAAUGUGACGAUAGAUGAAAGCAGCUACACCUUCACUUGUCCUGAGGAGGGUUGUGGGGUGGAUAGCUCUUGUUCCCUGACGGCAGUGGAGAACAGGUGCGAUCUAGGCUAUGUGGAUGGACGCCCUUUUAGCACAGAGGACGGGCCGGUGGUCUCUAGCCUCAUUCAGAGCAAGGCCUCUGCGUGGGCAGAAGAUCUGGGACCAGCAGGUGUUGCUCUGAAUGCCAGCAAGGCGCAGGCUUGGCGCCUUAGUGGCCUUGCAGAGCACAGCAGCGUGGCAGCCUUCGCCCGUGCAGCACUGGAGCUGAUGGCCGUGGGGGCACCAGCAGAGUUGGUGGCCGAUGCGCAUCAAGCUGCCAUUGAUGAGGUGAUUGGCAAAUCAGACGCACAUGUACUAGACAUAUACAUCUAG